GCAACCAUGUCGACGGAGACGGAGAAGAUCAAGGCCGAGAUGAAGCUGCUGCACUGGCACAAGCUCGCCAACGACGCGGCCCUCAAGGCCGCUCUGCUGAAGACGAAGACGAUGAAGGCUAAAGACGCGAAAAGACCCGUGGGCGUCGAGAACGUCAAGGCGAAGGCGGGCUGGAUGCAGCGGGUGAUCGAGGAGGAGCAGGCCAAGCCCCUGCAAGUCACGAAAGAUUUCGUGUUGGAGUAUCAAGAGAAUGAGAGGCGGGAGGAGGAAAGGUUAGAUGCGGAAGUAGCGCGGCACAUUGAAUGUUUAAGAAAGCUGCGCGUGCAGAUUGAGAAGCGCGAGUCGCUGCGGGAGCGGAAGGCCGCCUACAAGGCGGCGCGCAAGCAGAUGAUCGGUAAAUCAGGCGUGCCGCCGGCGAACGUCGGCGUACGGCCCAAACCGCCGGACCACGACGAGCCGCCGCCCGUGGGACCCUUUCCGCCGCAGCCGCAGGGGACGCUGACGACCGUCUUAUCAUCUCUCGAUAGGUUGGUGGAUUUAGAAAGGCGGAUCUGCUCGCUGGAAAAGGACUCGAUUUAUGAUAGGGUCGAGGCGGCGGCCAAGGGGGGCAUGCGGCAGCGCGGGCCCCUGACCUUUACCAAACAAAGAUUGCCUCCGAGAUCGAACCGGCCGGCCCAGGACGUCUGGGCCGUCAAGCUCCAGCCGCCGAAGCCCGAUCGCCUGUCGAAGAGUCGAAAGCCGUCGCGGCGCGACGCGUCGAUGAACUCGUGGCUCAAUAGAAAACAAGCUAGAGACCAGCAGAAGCGCCAGACCGUGGCGCGCGCGGGCCGGCCGCUCGUCCGCGGCGCGGCCGGCGGGCGCAGAGGGCGGAACAACGCCGAGCAGGCCUUUCUGGACCAGAAGCGCUCGAACCAGCGCCGCACGGAUUCCAUUCGCGGCCUCGGGACGCGGCGAGGCAACGCGAAGACGUUCGGCGUCUCGCGGCGGCCCAUGGCCACGACGAGCCGGCGGCGGCCCCUCGCGCAGACGACGGGGCCGCCGCGGCGGGGAGGAUCGCGGAUGCCGUCGAUCGGCGCGAACCGCACGGGGCCGCGCAUGGGCGGCUCGCGGAUGCGGAGCGUGCCGGCCGCGCGGAGCUACGCGAGCGGGCCGCGGCCCGGCGGGCGCUUCGGCGCGUCCGGUGGGCGGGGUACGAUGCCGCGCGUGGCAGGGUCCGGCCUGGGCGCGGUGCGCGGACGGCGAGCGUGGGGGUAA